UUCAAAGCUCUGGGGGUUGUGGACAAUAGAAAGAAGCAGCUUAAAGACAUGGCCAUUGCUACUGGCCAUGCAGUAUUUGGAGAAGAAUGCUUGAAUCUAAUUCUUAAGGUGUUUAAGUUCAUGACUUACAGAAAGGACAUUGCCACCAAAGUUAACACCAUGUUUUUGAAAGGAAAAGGUGAAACUGAAAAGCGUAUCCAAGAAAUCACUGAGCAUGACAUCACAACCAAAGACUAUGAAAAGGGAAAGCUUAAUGAGCAACUGGCUGAACUUUCAGAUGGAUUACCCUUGCAGAUGGCCCGAGAAACAAGUGAUGCUGAGGUGGAUGAGAAAAGAGUUACGGAAGCCCUCAGUGCUACAAGAGUAGCUAUUGAGGAAGGUGUUGUUCUAGGAGGUCGCCAAAAAUACUCCGUAUGGUGCUCCACGGCCCCCUUGAAACUAACCCUUGUGCCCAACACGAGGGUCAGGCUUCGACUUGUCUGCAGCAAAGAGAAAGAAGACACUAAUAUUAUACUGACAUGGAGCAGCGAGCCCCAGGAUGGUUGGACUUCCCUGCUGUUCAGUCUCAGGUACUGGCUGUCCUGCUGCAGGGAGGACAACACUCCACAGGAAAGGGAGGGUAGAGGACAGGUCAGGCUGCAGCGGACUCACCAGUUCCCUAAACAGCAGAGAGAUGAUUGGGAGGCCAUAGAGGCAAUGCCUCUAUGGGUGGAGGCUUGCAAAAGCUCCCUCAGACAGACAGCCUUGGAACUGCAACUCCCGGUUCCUGGAAAUAUCAUCUGCUCAUCCAAGUUCUAA